AGAAAACACUGGUAGGGCGAUCCGGGCUACAGCCCGCCCCUGCUUCGGAGGUGCCUGGUGAAGGUUGGGACCCAGAGUGUCUCCGCCCCGCCUGUGCAGCUAGGAUUGUGCUUCUGGGAGGGUAAGGACAGGCCAAGGAAGACAGGGACCCCUAGUCGUGCCUCUCUUUGCCUUCCCCCUCGUCUCCCGGCCCGAGGGCUGCCCCAGCCCAGGGUGUUUUUUCCUUGUCCCUGUCACCACCCGUCCCUGGCCCAACAUGAUACUGACCAAAGCCCAGUACGACGAGAUAGCCCAGUGCCUAGUGUCUGUUCCGCCCACCAGGCAGAGCCUGAGGAAGCUGAAGCAGAGGUUCCCCAGUCAAUCGCAGGCCACUCUGCUGAGUAUCUUCUCCCAGGAGUACCAGAAACAUAUUAAAAGAACACAUGGCAAACAUCAUACUUCGGAGGCAAUCGAAAGUUAUUACCAGAGGUACCUGAAUGGAGUGGUGAAAAAUGGAUCUGCCCCAGUGCUCCUGGAGCUGGCCAAUGAGGUGGAAUAUGCACCCUCAUUAAUGGCUCGGAUCAUACUGGAGAGGUUUCUACAAGAGCAUGAUGAAACUUUACCCUCCAAGUCUGUUAUAAAUAGUAUGCUACGGGACCCUUCUCAGAUUCCAGAUGGAGUUCUAGCGAAUCAGGUCUAUCAGUGCAUUGUGAACGACUGCUGUUAUGGACCACUGGUGGACUGCAUCAAACAUGCCAUUGGUCAUGAGCAUGAGGUCUUGCUGAGAGACUUGCUUCUGGAGAAGAACCUGUCCUUCCUAGAUGAAGAUCAGCUCCGUGCAAAGGGUUAUGACAAAACACCAGAUUUUAUUUUACAAGUACCAGUUGCUGUAGAAGGGCACAUAAUUCACUGGAUUGAAAGCAAAGCCUCAUUUGGUGAUGAAUGUAGCCACCACUCCUACCUGCAUGACCAGUUCUGGAGCUACUGGAAUAGCUCUUCACUCAGCGAGACCGCUGGGCUUCACCUGGCCUUUAUGCACCAGAGCCUGGAAAUUCUCUCCAGAUUUGGCCCAGGCUUAGUCAUCUAUUGGUACGGAUUUAUCCAGGAGCUGGACUGCAACCGGGAGAGGGGCAUCCUGCUCAAAGCCUGUUUUCCCACAGACAUUGUCACUUUACGCCAUGGCACUGCCUGACCCCAAAGAUCCUGGAAGAGAAGCUGGGAGGAAGAGAUGAAUCCGGAAGCGAUUUUACUUUCCUGCAGAGUAAACUCCAGGCAACAUCUGCCCUGAACUUCAGCUGAACUCUUGUUGCGUGGCCACACCGUUACCUCUCUAGACAAACAUAUCAGGAGUUUCUGUUUUCCUUCAUCCUGUGCUGAUGCGAACAGCCAAGAACUCCAGACACAACCCACUCAUUAUGAACAUUUCUGUCUCUGUCAAACAGUUAGUUUAUGGAUAGUCAUAAUCUUUCUUCCUUCCGGAUGGUUUCUCCUUGUAUAGUGGACAAAAGAAAACAUGUGGAGACUGCAAGGUGUGAUUUUUCAGUUCUCCUCCCAGCUGCUGAAUCAUCUUCUCUCUCUUUUUUCCCAAGCCUCCAUUCAUCCUUUCCCCUGCCCUUUCUUUUCGUAUGUGCUUCCAGAACCCCAGUAGCAUUGUCAUCGUGGAAUAGCCUAGAACAAACCUAGAGGAGCUGAAGAUGUGAAGCUGGAACAGAUUUCUGCUUUCACCUGCCAGGUUGAGCACACCUGAAGUGCAGCCCGUGCUGCUCCCUAGCCCUAUGCAGUCUUUACAGUUUCCUGGCUUUUGUGGCCCCAGGCCAAACUGCAAAAAUAUACUAGAUGAGAAUUUCCUCUUUUGAUAAGACUUAUUUGGACACCAAACAUUUUACAUUUGUCUCAUUUAAAAGUAUUAGAUAUUUCUGGAAACUGCACUCUGGCUCGGGGGCUAAGGGAAAGGAUCAGAACUAAUGGCCCAUGCUCUGUAGAGUUUAUCUUUAAACAUAACUAGUUGUCAGUAUUAUGCUAGCCAGUACCUUUAUGAGUAAAAGAGCACAUUCUGUAGUACACUGCUUUGUAUCUGCAUUUUACAGUGCAUAAUUACAUAACAUUCAAAUAAUUUGGACAUUAGCAAUGUUUGGCUUUGAAUGAAUUAAAUGCACCAGAAAUAAAUCUAGGGAAAUUCUUUUUUUUUUUUUUUCUUUUUUGGUACCAGGGAUCGAACUCAGGACCUUAUGCUUG